ACUCAUGCACGCGACGUGUAGCAGCAUCCUGAGAUCCUCCCUCCCCCUCUCUCUCUCUCUCUCUCUCUCUCUCUGCAGUCCGCAUCGAAUCAUCAUUCAUUCGUCGUUCAUUUUCACGCCCAUAAAUUCGCAUUCAAUCCCUCUUCUUCGCUGCCGUUUCUCUUUUGAAUUUCGUUCUUUCUCGCUGGUUUUUUUAAACUGCCUUCAGUCCGCUCUGCUCCCUUCUCGAGCCGUGAUCUUGUGCCCGGAACCAACUACAGCUCCCUCGGUAAACACCCCCCUCUGUCGCCGUCUCUGAUCAGCCGGAAAAGUUCCUCGCUUUUUCUUCUCUCUCUCUCUCUCUCUCUCUCUCUCUCUGUUUUUUUGGGAUUUGAUUCGGCGGCUUUUCUUGAAUUUUGGUGGUGAUAGGUGAAGUUCCUUGCUUGUUGAAUUGUGGAUGUUCCACGCCGAUCUUGACAUCUUUUCUCGGAAACCCCUCGAGCAAGACUGCGUUGUUCGCAGAAGCCGGCUUAGCUGUCUUUGCUUUGAGGGUUUGUUGGCUGCAUUUCCGAAUUCUGCUCCUGUGUAUUGCCACCCGCGCGACAUGACCACGUUAGUAGCUUCGGAGUUCGUUCCUGCGAGGGCCCAUCUGCCGAUUUUCUGGAGGUGUUGCGGACAAAGGCGACUCUGAACCCGAAAUUUUUGUGCUCCGUCUUUUUUUCGGAACUUUUAUCAAAGAGGUGGUCUGCUGUGGGGAAAUUCUUGCUUUUGGCCUCCCUGAAAGGUCAUCCUUCAUGGGCUGUGCGCAUGGGAAGUGUUGUGGGCACCGCCCACGAUCUUCGGACUCUGAUUCUCGGGAGUUUCAAGAGGUGAGUCAAUUCAGUGUCCAUGGAAAGCACAUACUCACCGAGAGGUCCAUAGAGUGUGUGCCUGUUCCUUCACGCAACUUUCGUUUGGAGUACUCUGUUCUGACGCAGCGUGGUUACUACCCCUAUUCGCCUGGCAAGGAAAACGAAGAUAGCUUUUGCAUUCGGACCCAAGUUCAAGGUAACCCAAAUCUCCAUUUCUUUGGUGUGUUUGAUGGGCAUGGUCUAUUUGGUGCCCAGUGUUCCAAUUUCGUUAGAGACAGAUUGGUGGAUAUCUUAGCAAAUGACCCUAGACUAUUAUUGGACGAUCCUGCUAACGCCUACAGUUCGGCGUUUGUAAGGACAAAUCACGAGUUGCAUGAUAGCGAGAUAGACGACACGGAGAGUGGUACUACCGCUAUUACAGUUCUUGUUGUUGGGGAUAAGCUUCUUGUUGCAAAUGUGGGUGAUUCAAGGGCAGUUAUCGCACUUAAAGUUGGCGACAGAGUUUUAGCUGAGGAUCUGUCCUCUGAUCAAACCCCGUUUAGGCGAGACGAGUAUGAGAGAGUGAAGCUUUGUGGAGCCAGGGUUCUGAGCGAAGAUCAAUUGGAUGGGCUAAAGGAUCCUGAUAUACAGACAUGGGGUGAUGAAGAGAGUGAAGGCAGUGAUCCUCCGAGGCUGUGGGUUCAGAAUGGAAGGUAUCCCGGCACCGCCUUCACGAGGAGUAUAGGAGAUAGUACAGCUGAGGAAAUUGGUGCGAUUGCCGAUCCUGAAGUGUCCACGGUUCAGCUCACACCUGAUCAUUUGUUCUUUGUUGUUGCAAGUGAUGGAGUUUUCGAGUUUCUCUCUAGCCAAGCCGUUGUCGAUAUGGUGGCAAGUUAUCCUGAUCCUAGAGAUGCAUGCGCUGCCAUUGCUGGAGAAUCAUAUAAACAAUGGUUGGCUCAUGGAAGCCGAACGGAUGAUAUAACAAUCAUUAUUGUACAUGUUAAAGACUUGCGUAAUGCAGGUGCCAAUGCUGCAAGGACAGCAUCCUUAAGAACGGGAGGAGGAAGCUCCAACUCAUCCUUUACGACUGCAUCAGAAAUGUAUAGAUCGAUGAGGAGUGAGAUUUCUGUUUUUGAGACUUACCAGUGCACCAUUUCUAACAACCGAAGUCAUGCGAUUGUUGUUCCAUCUCUGUUACGAACACCACAGUCGUAGCUUUGAUGAAAGGACAUUCUUUGAGCUGCCUAAUAUCCUGAGAUAGGAAGACAUGGAGACAUGAGAAUUGCUAACCAACUGAUGGCUGAAAAAGAUUCAACUGCAUCAUUUGGUAGCAAUUGAAAGGCCGAGGCUAUGUCCGACUUUGCCAAUAAAUCCGUUGCUAAUUGAAGAACACACUGUCUGCAAGAACAGAGCACCGGGCCAACAGCUGCAGCAUUGCUCGCGCAUGGCUGCAUAUCCAAAAUGUAAAGAGAUAGUUGAAAAAUAAGAACUGUAGUUUGAUUUUAGUUUAGCUUGUGACGAAAUAGGGCUGUGAAUUGUAAGGUGACGGCGGUGAGAAACUUUGUGUAGCAGUGCAGUCGAAAGUUCUCUGACAUUACCGGGGCCAGAGUUUCUUGUGAACAGAACUGUUGGUGAUAGGUCUAGCAUGAUGAUGUUGCGCGUGGAGAAGAGAUAGGAUGAGAACUGAGAAUGCACACUGUCUUGGUGCUGAGAUACUAGCCGACUGUUUAUAAUUAACCGCCUUUCUUCC